AUGUCCUGGGCAAGAAUAGCCGCAGGCGGGCCGAGACCAAAGCCGAAGCCCGCGCUGGUCCCUGCCGCAGCCCCUCCCGCAACGACUGGGCUAGCGCAGCAGCCGUCGAUGACGGUGCCGGUAUCCCAGCCUCCUCCACCGACUGAGGCUGUUGUUAGCGGUGCUAUACCGGUAGCAGCGGCACCCGGCGACGAGGACGGACGGGAAUCGAACCGGAUACAACAGGGUGGUCGUGCGGCGACGACGCGAAUACAGGAGCAAGCAGUAGAGGUUGCCGGACGUGAUAGCGGUGUCGUUGACGCUGGAGGCGGUGGUGUCGUGGCGGGUGCGUCAUCGCCGGUAGGGGAACCAAUCGGAGGUGCUGCUGCUCCUGCCGAAGGGCCCGCUGCCGCCGCAGGACGACGGGCGGGGGAACAAGGUUCUGCAGAAGAAGACGGCGGUCCUGUGGUCGUCUCCGAAGAAACAACAAUCACAGCAACCGGAGACAGCAGUGGCGCGACCGAGGCCGUCGUAGAUACCGUAGACACAGCCGCCACGGAGGCUGCCGAAGCCCUGGCGAAGGAGGAAGCGGAGGCUGCCGAGGCUCUGGCGAAGGCAGAAGCGGAGGCGAAAGCAGCCCAAGACGCGGCGGGCCUGGCCGAGAGGGUUUGGGAGUCGCUCCUACAGCUACUCGGUGGUGAGGACGGCUUCAUCGCGGCCGGGGGGGCGGUGGGGCUAGGGGCCGGGGUCCCCGCGGGGGGGUUGGUGCACCGGGGUCUUAUCAACACCGGCAACAGCUGCUUCCGGAACGCGGUGCUUCAGGCGCUGCUGGCGUGUGAGCCGUUUGUACAGGUACUCUUCCGGGCAGCCCCGGGGCUACGAGAUUCCAUCCCCGCCAAGGAGGCGUUGCCGACAUGGGCCCAGCUAGCGCGAUUCGCGGCCGCGUUCGAACCACCCAAGCCUGGGGACGCCGCACCCCUCGGCAGCGGUGGCAGCAGUAGUGCCAAGGGGGCUUGGUCAACCGCCGGUGGUAGAAGUAGGGGCGGCGGUGGUGGGCGUUACCACCGGGCAAGUUCGGCGGCGGCGGAGCCUGUGUUGCCGGACGAGGCCAUGUCAAGAGCCUUCGGGGCCUUCCGGGCGGCUAGCUUGGGGGAGCAGGAGGACGCGCAAGAGUUUCUCGCGUUCUUCCUGGACCAGCUGCACGAAGAGAUCGUAGACGCGAAAAAGAACAAACCGAAGCCCGCUUCCGACGGGGGGGAUAGGGGGGGAUCCGCAGAUUCUGGGACGGGCGCGGGUGGGGGGAAGCAACAGGGUGGAGGAAAAGAAGACGACGCCUGGCUUGAGGUCGGAAAAGGAGGAGCCAAGGCUGUGGUGAACGCGCCGGAUCCUCGCAAGAAGGUUUCGAAUUCGUCCGUGGUGACGGGACUGUUCUACGGAAUGUUCCGGUCGGAGGUGAAGAAGAGCGGCAACGCCAAGUCUUCGGUCACUCUUGAAGCCUUCCAUUGCUUGCAGUUGGAUCUAGACCUGCCAUCAUCACCAUCACCCCGGAACAACAUUUGGCCCGAGACGUUUACAGGGGGAGGAGGAGGACCAGGAGGAGGGGGAGGCUCCGCGUGGGGAUCAGGGACCGGGGGGUUCGACUCAUCAAAUGGCGGAGGAAGAGGAGGAGGAGGAGGAGGCGCUGGUGGUGCCUGGGGCAUGGCGGGAAGCCGCGGGCAGCGGGGACUCGGGGGACCCGCGGCCGGGAGGGGGGGCGGGGCUGGGGGCGCGGGGGGGGGUGGGACGGUGCCGCCGGCCCCCGGGGCGGGAGUCACGGUGUUGGAAGCAGCCCUAUCAGCGUUGUUCGGAGGCGAGGCCGUGGCGGGCGUUAAGGGGAAGAGGAAUUUGGAGGUGAAGGCAUCACGAACGCUUACUCUAGAGCAGGCCCCCAAGGUAUUAACGCUGCACCUGAAGCAGUUCUCCUUCCACCCAGAGCUUGGCCCGCGCAAGCUCGCCCGGCGCGUCAGGUAUCCUCUGGAGCUGACGGUGCCAACCCUGGUCAUGUCCCCCUCCCUCCGACACGAGGCCUCCAUCAGGGGACCGCUUAAGUACCGUCUAUUCACAGUGGUGUUGCAUCACGGGCGAAGCUUGCACGGGGGUCACUACACCGCCCUCGUGCGAGACCCUAGGGGGGAGUGGAAGCAUUACGAUGAUCAGCACGUGACGCCGGAGACGGAAGGCCACGCUCUCAACCCCAUGAGCGGGCACCCGUACCUGCUGCUGUACACCCGCAUGUAGACGAGCAAGAACUGAUUUUGGUGGGGCUCUCGGCGCUGCUGGUGCUGCUGGUGUUGAUGCCGUUGUUGGUAGUGGAAGCAAGGUGGUGGUGCUGCUGUACUGCUGUACGCAUGUCAUGUAUGCGGUUGACGUACCCUUUGCGUAUUUUAUUUUUUUGUCUCCCAUGAUUGGACUCUGUUGUCUGCCCCUCUAGCCCCUAUCUUCCACUCCUACCAGCUAGACGACCCAACCGGGGUCACACAUGAGGGGGGGUUGGACCCCCUCCUGCGGUUCCUGCCUGGGAUGUUUUUAUCGCGAAAAGGGUACAGUAAUCCUUUCCCUCGCGACUUAUGAAGUUGAUCAAGUUAACUACCAACGAGCUGCAGCGCGUCGCUUCCAACGGAGACCAGGAUUCAACGACCGAGAAAAAACUCACUCCCCCGUGACUCGAACCCAUGACCUGGCCCCUCGAAGGCUGCGAGGCUGCCCACUGGACCACCAGGGCGACCGGUUCUGUUGUUCGCCGUUGAAAGCUCCGGACGGAUCUGCAUAUGAUGUUGUCCUACCAUUGGUGCUGUACUACUAUUGUACUUUGCAUGCAUUCGCUUGACACACCCUAUUGCGCGUUGGUUCGACGUUGACUGCAGCAGUAGGAGUAGUCGUAGACCCUCUGCAGGACCGUGUGUGUGCAUGUGAGAGACUUGUGGAGGCUUCAAUUCAACAUUUUUUCGAUGUCGGUCUCCAUGCCGAAUAAAAAACUUCUCGGAACGCACGGACCGAUGUUUCACCUCCACGGUGGUGGUAGGCAUUGUGUGGCGUACCCUUGUUUCUUCGGAGACCGCCAAGAUUUUCCGAGUGCCUGCCUUGCCUGCGAUGAGUUUCACAGCUCCUUGGUGCAUUGUAGUGCGGGUGUGUCGGCGAAAUGCAGUGUUUUUCG